AUGUCUUCCACGGUGGGUGAUGACCCUGAGCCCUUGGGCCAGGUGAAGGGGUUGGAAUCGUUCGAGCAUGUUGCGAGACCAGAAGACUCCCCCGAUGGAAAUCUCGUGUAUGAAGAGGAUGAGGAGCCUGAGCUUCAUGCCCAGACAUACUUUGCGUUGGCUGCCAUGUUCUUCCUCAACCUCGUCCAAGUCUUUGGCCUUCUGGGGCCCCCGACGGGUCUGUCCUAUAUCGAGAAUGACCUCAACAAUACACUCACCGGUACAUGGGUGCCGAACGCGUUAUCACUUGUGCAAGCCGUGCUCGCCCCCUUGAUCUCCUCUGCGUCGGAUACUUUCCAGGCCCGCAAAGCCCUCCUUGUUGGCCCGUCUAUUGUAUCAUUCAUUGGCUGUGCAAUUGCACCUGGCUCAAGCAGCAUAUAUCGUGUGAUCGCAGCGCAAAUCCUGAUAGGUUUCGGGUUUGCUACGGUACCCUUGGCAUACUGUAUUCCCAGUGAGAUCGUACCACGAAAGUGGCGACCGAUGGUCCAGGCUGUUAUGAAUAUUGCGGCUUCUCUAGGCGCUUGCGCGGGGCCCUUGAUCAUCGGGGCGUUGACCAAGAAGAACGCGCACACCGGCUGGCGUUACUUUUACUGGAUUCAGAUGGCUCUCUGGGGAGUGACCGCAGUCUGCCUGUUUAUUGGCUACAGGCCGCCCAAGCGACACACUCUUCUAGAUCACCUUUCGCUCUGGAAGAAACUUGGCAGGCUGGAUCUUCCUGGGUUUUUCUUACUUACAGCAGGACUGACAUUGCUAUUGACUGGUCUUAACCUCGGCGGCAAUCUGUACUCAUGGGCCAGUGCCCCGGUGUUGGCGACCUUGAUCAUCGGCAUCCUCUCCUUGAUUACUUUUAGUAUUUACGAGUGGAGAUUUACCACGACCGGCAUUCUUCAUCAUAAUCUUUUUCGGGGCCCAAACCACAGUGGCCGUACUCUUGGGAUCUGCGUUGCUCUUAUCUUUAUCGAGGGUGUUUGUCUCUUCGCCUAUGUCAUUUUUUAUCCAGUCCUAACAGCACAUCUCUUUGAAACCGAUCCAUUCUUCGAGUCUGCCCGCCAGCAACCAUAUUGGAUCGCCUCAGGUGUCAGCACUGUGAUAUAUGGAUAUGCAAGCGUCAAAUUCCGGACUAUCCGAUUUCCCAUGAUCGCAGGGUUUCUAAUCCUUACUGCAGGCGUUGUCGGACUGGCUAGCAUUCAGCCCGGCGAUGAUAUCAACUCCCUUGCAUUCGCUGCCCUCGCCGGUCUCGGAUUUGGGGCACCUCUUAUUUUAAUUAUUGCAGGGGUUCAGCUGGCCGUGCCGCACCACCUCAUUGCCACAGCUACAGCUGCGACUACUAGCUCAAGAGCUGUUGCAGCGGCAGUCUUCACAGCCAUUGCUUCUGCGGCAAUGACCAGUCGUCUGGAUGAAUAUAUCCCCACAUAUACAGCCAAAGCGGCCCUCGAGGCAGGACUCCCAAAGUCUUCUCUCGCUGAAUUUAUCAAAGCUCUUACAUCUGCAGAUACCGCGGCGAUACAGAAGGUGGCUGGCGUCAAUUCUGGCAUCAUCGAGGCGGGAGCCAUGGCCCUCAAGCAGGCUUAUGCAGAUGGAAUUAGGGUUGUGUUUAUUAUAGCAGCACCCUUUGGCGUUGUAGCUAUCAUUGCUUGUAUCUUCUUGGGCGAUGUGAAGAGUGUUAUGAAUUAUGGAGUCGAUGCCCCAGUCGAGGAUCUACAUGCCAAGCAUCCUCGACAAGACAAGGCUUAG